UCCAGAGCUGCUGUUUGUGGUGUUCGAUGGCAGUGGCAGUGCCGCGGUGACCCGGCGUGCCCGCGCUCAGGGCUGUGUGUGGCCCCAUUAUAUCACAGAAUCAGUAAGGUUGGAAGGGACCUUUAGAGAGCAUCCAAUCCAGCCCUGCUGCAGGGGCACAUGGAGCAGGUUACCCGGGAAUGCGUCCACGUUGUUUUGGAAUUUCUCCAGAGAGGGAGAUUUCACGACUUCUCCGGGCAGCCUGUUCCAGUGCCCUGCCACCCUCAACGUAAAGGUCGAACUCAUGUUAAAGUCAAACUUCUUGUGUUAUAGUUUAUGGCCAUUACUCCUUGUCAGUGGGCACCACUGAAAAGAGUGUGGCAGCAUCCUCUUGGCGCUUAUAUUUAUGUUUUUUGAGGACAGCCCUUUUAAGCACGGAGGGCAGGGGAAGCUUGGAGUGCUGACAUGAAACUCGUGCAACAUUCUGUGUCACCUGCAGUCUCUGAGCUAAGUCAGACGCACGGGAGCUUUAGAGGAAUGGCUUUACCUGGUUCAGUGCUCCAGGCAGGCAGAGUGGGGUUCUCAGGUGAAAUGUAUGUUUUAGAAACAAAAUAUUAAGUAAUAUCAAACUAAAAAAAAGUCCCUUAGUAUUACCAGAGUAUUACAGACAAGGCUUCCUGACUGUUGAUAACUUAUCCUAUAUCCUUUGCUGUCUGUUAUGCACACUUUAGGAUCCCAAAGCUGAUUGUUUGUCUGCUAGGAAACAGAAAAGCAGCAAACUCCCUUUUCAUGUAAGUUGUGAUCGUUUUCACAAGAGUAUUUUUACACUGUUUUUAUUUUUAAUUUUUUAUAAUCAAUCAAAAAUCUGCAGUUUUACAUUGAGGUAUUUAUAUGUUAAAGUAUUUCUUGUUCCAUUUUCAGAGGAAACUUUAAAACUAAAGUUUAGAAGGCAAGAUUCUGCUUGCUGUUGAGGUAAAAAAAACCCUUAUGGCAAAGAUCUUGAAAUGCAGUGUAACAUCACAGUAGUUUUGUUUUUAGAACAAACUGAAAACCCUGAUCAUUUUGGAAGAUUUAAAAUAAUUGUGGGUGGUUUUUUAAUGAAUAUACAGAAAACCAUGUGAGUAAAAUCACUUUUGCAGGCCACUGAAUUGCACAAUAUUAACACCUGUUGCUUUUAAAUUCAUGGUACUAUACUGUUUCCAUAAUAAGUUUAUGUGACUUAAGGAAAAACAUAGGUGCUUACAAUGAUCUGGGAUGUAAUUGAUGCAAAAAAUAUGUCCUGAUUUGAUCAACAAAAUAUAUUAAGAUAUCUGAAAUAGAAAUUGGUUUCAAGUCUUUGAAUAGCCACUUUAAUCCAAAACAGGGUUUUGGUUGUUUUUGUUUUGUGAUCUGACGCUUCUUUUUUCCUGCACAGACUUUUUAUUAAAAUACUGGAUAUUAAUUUUAAUGGCCAAAAAAUUAAAGCUGGAAUAAUACCCCAGACUUUUUAAUGUGUUUGGAUCUUUUCUGCUUACAAAAAUAUUUUCAUCAUGAGCUAUGGAAAGGAUUUUGUGGAAACUCUUAAAAGAAUUGGAUAUCCAGAGGCUGAUGAGCUUAAUGGAGAAGAUUUUGACUGGAUGUUUGAGUCUUCAGAAGACAAAUCAUUUUUGGAGUGGUUUUGUGGAAACAUAAAUGGGCAGAACAUGGUAUCUGAAGAAGAACUGCAAGAUUUUGAUAAUCUUCUCCAGCGUGGUAAGGCUGUUUUGGAAGGAAAUGCACUGGAUGAAGUCCUUAAAACCUUGGAGCCUGUGGGUUCAACAAACAGUAGCCAAGAGGAGGACAGGGAAGAAGUGAAGAAAUUAGAGGAUGAACUUCAAACUCUUCAGAACUUAAAAAACCUUCAAAUUCAUCGGCAUAACAAACUUCAGCUCUUGGUAACUACAAACAGCCACUUGUUACAAACAUUCCAAAGCAGAGAGGAAGAAGCACGGAAGUAUUGGAAAGAAGGACUGGAAGUGUUUACUGCAGCAAAUAAUAAGCUUGACAAUGAACUGCAGUCUCUUAUAGCUGCAGUGAAGGAAUUUGCCUCUUUCUUCACUGCUUCAGAUUCAGGACAAGGGUCAGAUGCACAUCCAAUGUUUUUUUCCCAAAUUUCUUUGGACAGAUAUUUGUCUGUGGAAGAACACAGCACUGCAGCACUUACAUCACACUUAAAAAAGCUUUUUUAUGAAGGUAUUUCUAAAUGUGCUGAAAAUUCACAUGAAGGCAGCUUUCAACUUGAAGAUUUAAUCAAGCAAAUCCCUUUUGAUGAGACUAAUGAAGUUUGUGAAGAGAAGCAAGAGAUAGCCAGGCUCCAGGCAGCAUAUAUUUGUGGUCAGAACCAGCUAAUUCAGCUGCAAGCUGAAGAGGAGGGCUUGAAUUCAGCUAUCAAGUGUGCAGAGAGCCUGCUGCAGUCCUUAGACAAGGAUAUUGGACAACAGGAAAACAUUGAUGCUCAAAUAUUUAGUUUAAGUGCUGAAAUUUCAGCAAUUAAACAAGACAUAGCUCAGAUAAAUAGUGAAGAGCUGCUUCCCCUUCUUAAGAAGAGAGCACAACUUUUGACUGCACCAGUGGUGACAGAAUACUUAGGUCACCAAAUUGCUCGACAGAACUGUUAUGCUGCAAUUCAAGAUAAAAUAGGCAGGCAUUUGAUAAGGCAGAAAACAUCAUUUGAAUUUAUUCAGCUGGGCUGUGAAAUGGAGAUGAAGAAACACCAGGAGUUCAGCUGCCAGCUUGAGAAUUUGGUAGAAUCUCUGAAGCAAAGCACUGAUGAGUUACAGCAGAGGCUACAGGUGAUAGCUGAACGAACUGAGCAGGCAAAGCCAAGGAGCACUAUUAGUCCAGAGGAUGGUUUAGCUUGCAGGCUGUAUCAGCUCCUGGAAGGAGGAAGUAAAAAACAACAAUUGUUUAAAACAUACAAAAACCUGGAGCAGAUGGCUCAGAAGUUAAAGCAGGACUGUGCUGCAGUAGAAGAUCAGCUGGCAGCAUCUGCUCGAGAGCAGUCUCUCCUUUUGUCCAGCCUAGAAGGGGAUGUGGAUGCCCUUCAUGGUGCUCUCUACUGUGGAACAAAUCAGAUACAGCUCCGCAGUCCUGAACUUACUGAGCAGUUUCACCAACUGGAAGUGGAUUUAGGUGUACUAAAUAAUCUCCUUAAGGAUCUGGUUGCUGAUCUGAAGUCAAAGAAAAGCUUUUUAGAGUCCAAUAGGCUGCUUCAGAUGGAAAGAGAAUUGUAUGUGUAUUUUUUCAAAGAUGAAGAGCAGUUGAAAGAGAUGGUGGAGAAGCUUGAACAGCAGUCUCAGGCUAAAGCCAGUGGUCUGGAAGACAAGAAUUUCACAACCAGUGGAGUUCUUAAUGUCUAAACAGCAAUGUACUCUUAAGAAAAGAAAAUGUUAAUGUAAACUGUCUACGAGUUUAUGGAAUAAUAAGCAUGAGCUUGUCAAGACUGAUACUUAACCUGUCACUGCAGUGAAUCUUAACUGCCACUGUUACCAGCUGAGAUUGUGUGCUGCUUUAAUGGCUUCUUCUGCCUGCUGAAUUCAAUCUCAGUUUUGUCAGAACUCUUGGAUAUGAAGUCAUUGUUGGUUAUUUGAAAGAUGACGUUCAGGCUGCUCUUCUGCUGGCCCCUGUGUUCGUUUCUGCUGCACACAGCAUAGCUUCAAUAGGAAUAUGUCACACCCUUCAGUUAAGUCUUUUUGCAUGCUAAGAACUUUUUGAACUGCAAAAUAAAUUUGGAGAAAGUAUUCCAGAUUUUGGAACAAGGAUGUAAUGUACUCAUAGUGACGAGGAGGGAUCUCAAAGGCAGCAGAUAGUCCAUGAUUGUUUCCCUCAAAGUUCUUCCAAGAAGACUUGAUUUUAUUAGAAAUGUGUUGGAAUAUGUACCAGAAUCUGUUUUAACUACCAAGACCAUCUGUUUUAAGACCAUUCCUAUAUCUCUUAACUUAUGGCCCAUCUUCUCCAUUGAAACCAGUCUAUACUUAUUGUGGCUUGUCAAUGAACAAGAAUUUUAAAUGUCUUUUGUACUUCUGAAUUUGCUUAUAAUUUAUAAUGCUAGGCAUUUCAAUUCAGAGUGCUGAUGCUUUCAUACUUGUGCUUUCGUGUGCAUUGUUAGCCCAUUUAUCAAAUUUUUAUGUAGCUUCCUAAUAUACCAAUGGAACUAAAUGGGCUUUUAUAGUAUGAUAACUUCCAGUCUUUUAUAUUUUGAUGGGAUCAGCUGUGCUUGCUUUCAAGCACUGCACAUAUUGAUGAAGGUUAGUAUAUUCGUUGAAAUUCAGUAACAGUAGUCUUAAAACUAUUUUGAUGGCACACUUUUAACUUCUAUGUGAUUAUAACUUAUUUCGAAAUGUGUAAUUUUAUUUUUUUUUUAGCAUUCUGGUUGGGUGUCUUUAUGUCUGGAUUUCAUGCUGCUUAACUCUGUAUUUUGUGUAUA